AUGAAGGCGUUAAAGACAAAUAUUACCGUUUACAGUGUGAGCUUAGGAAGAUUGCUAAAUGAAUUUAACAACCGUUAUUUUAGGCUUAAGAAGCGAUCUCGUUCAGAGGACCUUAAACGGAUGCCGGUACGGGAGGAGGCCUUCUUACGGUUGUUGCCGUGGCAUCAUAACGUAACGGGAAGUUGCGAAUCGGGAGUCUCGGAAUCGGAUUCAGAUCGGGUUAAUGGUGAUUUAACGCGCUGUCGAUUUCUUUUUGGUCGCUGUCAAAUGAAUGUGGAAUACCAGUUUGCAUUAUCUGUUGGAACACGCAAGGAUGUUGCAUCAUCGAAGUGCACGGGGGAAGGAAGCGAGGGUGGAGCUGUACUCCUUCGUUUCACGAAAAUCCCAAACAAAAGCGGGGGUUCAUCCACCGUAACAUGCAGUAUCCGGGUCAAUAAAGAAGUGCAAUACUUCAAUAGGGAGGAGGUGGUGGUGGCGAUGAAAUUUUGUCGUGAAAUUUAUGCUUAA